AUGUCUACAACGCUUUUGCGCGUCGAUCAGCCGACUUGCAGCAGAAUCGAGCCCGAGAUAGAACCUCGGUGCCUGGAGAAGAUGAUCGGUUACAGCGAAGCUCUGGCAACUCUCACGAUGCUGAUGCACUUUGGUCGAAAAGAAGAGUUGAGUUCUGAGUCGGAACCCUCUCUCUCCUUUGAUGAGUUGACCAAAUGGACUCGCCGAUACUUUGAAAAUUGGCAUCCCAUAUUUCCAAGUCUCCAUGCACCAACAGUCUUGAAGACGAUGGAGAAAAUCGGCCAAAAAGGUGUGUCAGCUGUCAGCCAGGUGGAGCUGCUUAUCAUACGCUCUCUCGUCUCUAUAUCCCUCGCGGAUAACCGCCAAGUAGAAAGCACGAAGGCAGACAACGUGCCAGUGCCAGCCGUCUUAGUAUUUCGGUCUGUGCGUCAUGUCAUGCAAGAAAUACAGAGUCUUCUCACAGAACCUACAACAAUACCGCUUUUACAAGCUGCGUUCUGUGCCCAGCUCGCACUCACAUCUCUUUUACGUCUCAACGCCGCUUCUCGAAUUGGUGGGAUCCCGCUUGGCAUCCGGGAUGACGAUCUUGAUGUCUGCUAUCCGGGCGAAGAAAGACAUAUCAAUGCUACCAAUGAGGCCCCAAAUGAUCAUCGAUUACGACUAAUUUGUCAUCUUGCAAAAUUUGCCAGGAUACGGGGCCUGAUUCUAGAACUUCGUAAUAAGUCCAUCUUACACAGUCAUGCCGGCGCAGUCGAAGCUACGCAUGUCAAUGGAGAGCUAUCUCAAUGGUGGAAUGAGGUGUAUGACGAUGUUAACCCUAUUGAAGAUGCAGAUCCAGAAUCAAGUCAAGACCCAGCCCUAGCCCCUUAUCACCGGUUGCUACUCUUUGUUCUGAGACAUGAAGCCAUCAUCUCUAUGAAUCGUCCGCUGCUUGCUGUCGAAAAGCCCAACCCAGAUUACAAAAUGGCCUUGCAGACAUGUAUAGCCUCUUCGCGUUCAUUACUUGCAGCAUUGAAGAAGUACAUGUCCACUUCACCUGAUACCCCGCUCACCUGGCCCUCUUUCACAUGGAUAACGUGGAUGGCUUGCCUGGUUCUGAUAUUUGCAUCAUGGGAAGGCGAGUUCCCAAUCCCCACGGCACUGAGAUAUGCGCGAAUGGGGAUCUCCAUCUUGCAAAAUCUUGCUCUGCGGGGAAGCAGCUGGCCCGAGACUUGCAUUGAGGCGAUCAGAAGCAUGGAGUCCGCCUUGUCAACAGACCAGUCACAUAGUGAACAUGAAAGUUCCGUAGGGGAAAUGAACCCUAACGGAAAUGCGCCACAGCACAGCCAGUUGCCGCCCACGGGAAAAGUUGCCAGAGGCGCGAAUGGAUCUCAAGCCCAGAACAUAGGUCUUCAAGCCGCUGCAAUGAACAUGACGCCUACUAGAUCAAUUGUUCAAAAUAAUGAGACUCCCAGCAAUCACGGCUUGUCCCCUUCCAUGGCUAUACAACAGUUCGAGCCAUCGACAGGUUCUGCUCUCCAUAGCGUUGACCAAGAGGAGCAAUAUGCUUCAGCCAGUUUCUCGCUUCCCAACUAUGAGAAUACGAUGUACAUGAACUCCAACGAUGGAUUCAACUUGAGGGGUCAAAUGUCAGCGGGUCUAAUAUUCGGCAACAUGGCGAAUGGCUCUUCAGGAUUCAGCCCAGGGCUUGGACAGGAUAUUCUCCCCUUUUCAGAGCCAUCUUCACUCUUCAUGGGAGAUCAAUGGAGCGUGGCAGAUGGGCCUUGGAUGAUUCACGGAAACAUUUUAUGA